AUGCAUGGCAAGGCAUGGUCGCCCCCAAAAAAGAGUCCCAGAGUGCCAGAUGCCCAAGAGUUCCAGAGUCCACGUAUGACAAUGGGGCCCCUCCCCAUGAGUAAGAGUGCGCGUGCACUGAUCGCCGGCUACGAUGCAGCCGACCCGGUUCUCUGGCACGGAACAUCAAGGCGUUUCGGCGGCUCGACCUCAGGCGUUCAAUCGGGCUGCAAAGACAAGAACUCAUUUCGAAACGACUAG